CGUCGUCUACUCAAGUGAGGAAACACUUACAGGGCUCCUUGAAUCUCUCUCCCUCCACCCUCGUUCGAAAUCUCUGUCUUCUCACUACCCCAAAUUUAGAGAGAGAGAGAGAGAGAGCAAUGGCGUUCGUGUCUUUCCUUGGGAGGGUGCUGUUCGUGUCUGUCUUUGUUCUCUCCACUUACCAAGAGUUCAAUGAAUUCGGAGUUGAUGGUGGGCCAGCAGCAAGGCAAUUAAGGCCAAAGUUCAAUGUCUUCUCGAAGCAUGUGGCAACUCAGACUGGAUUUCAACUGCCGCAUGUAGAAAUGAAACAUUUGAUAUUGGGAGCCAUCAUCAUGAAGGGGCUUGGGAGUCUGUUGUUUGUCUUUGGCAGCUCAUUUGGAGCUUUCAUUCUGCUUCUGCAUCAAGCAAUUUCAGCACCCAUCUUGUAUGAUUUCUACAACUACGAUGCUGACAAGAAGGAAUUUGCUCAGCUCUUUGUCAAGUUCACUCAGAACUUGGCACUGCUCGGUGCACUGCUUUUCUUCAUUGGCAUGAAGAACUCAAUGCCAAGGCGAUCGGUAAAGAAGAAGGCUCCCAAAGCGAAAACAAAUUAAGAGGACAAACAAUGAUGAUCAGUUGUAGUCGGUACAUUAAUUUAUCUUUGCAAUUUGCCCGAUCGUUAUCAGAAUCAGUUUUUGUACGGUUGUACGAUUAGCAGCGCUUGAGGGUUUCCGUUUUUGUUUAUCUACUUUUUGGCAACCAUGUGUAUCUUGGCCAUGGUACCUUUCUGAAUCCUCCUUGAACUUACCUGCUACAGUUGAGGAAUUAACCACAGAUGAAGGAAUUGGCAUUGACAAUUUUUUCUUUACCUUUGAAAUUCUUGGAA